UAUAGGCAGGUUGUCAUGAAUAAACCUUUUUGGAUAUAUUAACAUCUCAUACUACUAACUGACUUGCCAUCUUAGUUCGUAACACCUUCACAAUGAAUUUGCAUUUCCUCAUCCCCACUUUUCUCCUCCUCACCUUUUCCUUCUCAAACACAUUUGUUGGAGCAGCAAUGGAAGGGACAUAUGGAGUAAACUACGGAAGAAUAUCUGAUAACAUCCCACCACCGGAACGGGUUGCGACUCUACUCCGGGAAAACAAGAUAAAGAACAUCAGACUCUACGACGCGGAUCACUCGGUCUUGACGGCCUUCAAUGGUUCAGGAGUUAGAAUUAUCAUCGGCCUUCCAAAUGAGUUCGUGACCGACAUGGGCGCAAGCAAGGACAAGGCCAUCCAAUGGGUGAAAGACAAUGUGGAGCCCUUCAUCCCCAGCACGAAAAUCGUCGGAAUCGCGGUGGGAAACGAGAUCCUAGGUGGCGGCGAUAUGCAGCUCUGGCAAGCCUUAGCCCCAGCAGUGAAGAAUGUUUACAGUGCUCUUCAAUCCCUCAACUUGGCCAAAAACAUUGAAGUUUCCAGCCCACAUUCUGAGGCCGUGUUUGAAACCACCUAUCCUCCAUCUGAUGGUGCAUUCAAGGAAAGCCUUCUUCCAUUCCUCAAACCCCUUCUCCAGUUCUUCUCUCGCACUCGAUCGCCUUUCUAUAUUAACGCGUAUCCCUUCCUGGCAUACAAGAACGACCCGGAUCACAUAAACCUGAAAUACGCUCUCUUCGAAUCGAAUUCCGGCAUCUAUGAUGAUAAGAACAAGCUGCAUUACUACAACAUGUUUGACGCCAUGGUCGAUGCGUCUUAUAUCGCUCUGGAGAAGCUAGGGUAUCCGAAAAUGGAAGUAAUCGUCUCGGAAACGGGAUGGGCUUCGCAGGGAGAUGGGAACGAAGCCGGCGCGGACGCGAAGAACGCCAUGAUUUACAACAACAAUUUGCGGAAACGGCUGCUGAAGAAGAAGGGGACGCCUUACAGGCCGAAGACUGCGGUGAAGGCUUACAUUUUCGCCCUGUUCAAUGAGAAUCUGAAGCCUGGACCGACUUCUGAGAGGAACUUUGGGCUGUUUAAACAUGACGGGAGUAUCGCGUAUAAGAAUGGGUUUAAAGGUCUCGUCUCGCCCGCCUCUUCAUUGAUCUCGUCCACUACGGAAAUCUUGAUGUGUGCAGCAAUGGUGAUUCUGUUUCUGGGAUCUUGAAUUCCAGAACGAUGGUUCUGAUGAUUGUACAGAAAUACUCAUUCAUUUUAUUGAAAUAUAAGAGCAGAAUUUCAAUGAAACUUCUUCAGUCGUCUU